AUGGGUAUAUGUGCAUCGGUUCAGUACAGAAGAAAUCAAGGAAGAUUAUUGAUCAGCAACGGGCCAUCAUCAACGGCAAAGGUGAUCCACUCCGGCGACGGGAGGUUACAAGAAUUCCGGCAGCCAAUCAGAGCCAGCAACGUGAUCUCCGACCAGUCAAACGCUUUCUUCCUCUGCAACUGCGAGACCAUGUUCAUCAACUGUCACGUGCCUCACAUGGCCGCCGACGAAGAGCUCCAGCCGGGUCAAAUCUACUUCUUGAUGCCGAUCUCAAAGUCAAACAAACCCUUCUCUUUGCAAGAACUCUGUUCGUUGGCCAUUACAGCCAGCUCGGCGCUCGACAAAAGUUCAGAAACGAGGAGGAAUGGCGGUGCGGUGUCAUUUAGUAGGCGGCAGAAAAGCAAUAGGAAUGCAAAGGCAAACCAUGAGGCCAAUUUCCAGCUGGCGUUGAAAAAGCUUGGAUGA